AUCAUCAGUUAAGUGGAAAUUGGUUAGCAUUCCCAUUAAAGAAUGUGCCACACAUUUGCGCAAAUUAAAGCUAAACUAGCAGUUUUUGUUCACAGUACUCUUGAGUGAAGAAAAAACUGCUGGUCCAUACAAUUCACGUCACGUCAGCGCAUCACACUCCGAUUCAAAAUGGAUGCCGAUACAUCCAUAAACGAACGGAAUUUCCUUGAGAAAGUCCCGGAAACCGGAGAUUCGACUGACGUCCAUACAACGAAAGAUAAGGGAACGUCACUGCAUCAAGCGGCAAAACUCAAAUGCGGAGACAAGAGAUUUAAGAAAAUUCUACGCCAAACAAAGAGCGAUGAGAUAAACACAUUCGACUCACACGGAUAUACCGCUCUCCAUUGGGCAGCCAACGCAGGAUCGGUCAACAAAAUCAAAUUGCUCUUGGAUAACGAAGCCAAUAUCAACGUUCAAGACAAAAGCCAAGGAAAAACUGCGCUACAUUUCGCAUUGCUAAAGAGAUGGGAAGCUGCCACCGGGCAAUUGCUGCAAUGCGGCAAGGUGGAUGUCAACAUUCAGGCAAAAAAUAGAUGGACGGCGCUUCAUCAAGCUGCUUCGUGGAACAACGUUCCGGCUGAUUUGUUCAAGCAAUCCUUUACAAAUCUUCAGACGUAAACGCAAAAUCGAUUUUGGGGAGAACGGCUCUGCACGUGGCGCUACGCAAGAAAUCGGCCACUGCUGUCACAGAACUUUUGAAUUACAACAAGAACGAUAACGGCCAAUGUGUGGAUGUCAACAUUAAAGACAAUCUCGGUAGAACGGCUCUCUAUUACGCUGCCGGAUGGCCGAACAUUCCAGUCGGAUUAUUCAAAGAUAUUCUUCGAAAUUCGGCCGAUGUCAACGCCAUCGAGAAAAUGGAAGAAUCAACGGCUCUUCAUUUCGCAUUGGAAACAAGAUCGAUCACUGCAACUAGGCAUCUACUCAGACAUCCAGAUAUUAAUUUGAACAUCAAGAAUAAGAAACAUUUACUACCGCGUGAUUUUGCUACCGAGUGGCACGGCAUGCCAACGCAUUUACGCAAUGCGGUUCGAAAGAAAACAACCGACUUCAACGCCAAAGAGCAAAAUGAUGAAAAUGCGCCUCUUCAUUUGGCAUUCAAAACGGAAAUAGAAAUUACCGCACAACAACUCAGACAUGAAAAUGUGGACGACAAUAUCGAAGAUAAUAAGAACCGGACAGCGACUCAUGUGACGGACGGAGACAAUGAACUUCAAAGAUUGAACGCUCCUUCCGAUUCUGAACGGCCAGUUGAGCACGACGCGUCUUUCGAAAUCGAUAGCGAAUUGCAUGGGAAUGAUUCGAAUGAUCAAUUUGAAACAACGUUCGAAGAUGAGCCGAACGAAAGACUCGCGUCGCAGCAAGGACUCAUUCAACUGGAACCCAAAAACAACACGUUUGGCGAAAAGGAAAGCGAAUUGCUUCAACUGUGUGCAAGUUAUCAUUCGACGGAUCUAAUUGCAAGAAUUCAAACUUUAAUGGACCUCGGAACUGACGUGAACGCAACGGACAAGUACGGACGGAAUGCGCUGCAUUUUCUGUGCCGAAACAAUUCAGGUCCACACUUGAUUGACGCCAUUCUACUCCUAAUCCAACACGGAAUCAACGUCAAUGCAGCGAGCAAAUUCGAACAAAAUGCGCUCCACUAUUUGUGUCGAAAGCGUUCAGGGCCAAACUUAAAUGCAAUACAAAUCUUAAUUCAAUCCGGAUUCAACGUGAACGCCAAAGACAACGCUGGAUGGACUGCGCUCCAUUGUUUGUGUGUCUACAAUUCAACGUCACAUUUAAUCGACGCAAUUAAACUCUUAAUUGAACAUGGAAUCGACGUCAACGCAAAAUCCACGAUUGGAUGGACUGCGCUCCAUUAUUUGUGUCAUUACAACUCAUGUUCAAAUUUAAUCGGCACGGUUAACAUUUUGAUUCAACAUGGAAUCAACGUCAUAUCCGAUGGACACGAUGCGCGAUCCAUUUUAAGCAAACAUUACAGAAAAAGCGACAAGGACGAAAUCAUAAAACUCAUGGACAAGGCAGUUCUUGCCCAGAGUUAAUGAAUCGAAAAUACAACGCCCCUCCCGGUCUUCUUUCACUUUGCGAAUUUCCAUUUGUAAGUUAUCCACAUCUUAUUUGUUCUGUUGUUUCAUGCACGUUAUUUCGCGUAACCCCAAUAAACGUGUACGUCACGAAAUUGGUGUAAAACGCGCAGAAUAUGAGACGAGGCAAUUGCAAUUGGGCACUAAGGGGGUCCAUAAAUAUUGAAAUGUAACUGAAAUUGCGUUUACCUUGCCUCCUUUGGGUGAAUUCGUCGAGUGUUGCCGUCAAUACCAGUUCCUAAAUAUGU